ACCGCCGCGCCAACAAGUGGUGGCGGAACGCAGUCGUAUUAGAAAGAAUAAAAUAAUAAAAAAAUAAAGGAUGCACAUGAGCAGGGGGAAGGCCUGUCAGCUCUCGCAUAUCGGCCUCGCUUUUGUGUCGGUCGUCCUGGACAUGUGACACGAGAAGCAUCGACAUGCUACAUCUCGUCUGCCGUGUCUUUGACAUUCCAUAGUGCACCUCGAUCACCUUUCAAGAAAAACUUUGUCAGCCAGCGCCUACGCUCUUGGACAUCAUGCCCACAAAGGGUGAUCAUCCAUGCAAUGGAAAGGAGGACAAAUGUAAAUCGAACACUGUGAAGUCUGAACAAAUGCCCAGUUCUACAAGCCCUAAACACUGCAAAACGGCCUCGGCACCGUUAUUGUGCCCUGUCUGCAACAAAGCUUUUGGUCGAAAAUAUCACCUGGUGAGGCACCUGCAAAAUGCAGUUUGUUCUGUAGAACAGAAGCUUUCUUUACCAUGUCCUACAUGUGGCAAAGUAUUUUCCUCGAAGGCGAAACUCGACUACCACAUUACUGUCCAUGGCACAACAUCAGAAAGUUGCAAAACGUCUCCCCUCAAGCAGUUUGAGUGCCACCAGUGUGGUCGUUUCCUGUGGUCACAGUCUCAGCUGAAGAUUCACCAACGAACCCACACCGGGGAGCGACCGUUCACCUGCACCGAGUGUUCCAAGACGUUUGUCUCCCUGGGUGCUCUGAACAAGCACAAGCUUUCUCACUUGGAGGAAAAGCCCUUCGUAUGCCCCCACUGCCCAGCCAGAUUUUCCUUAAAAGGAACGCUCAACAGGCACAUUCCCACGCACACAGGCAUUCGUGCUCACAAGUGUCCCCACUGCCCCAAGGAUUUCAUCCAGGCUGUGGCACUCCAAGCCCACCUUGUUACUCACACAGGCAGCAACGGUUUUCCCUGCCGUGUAUGCGGCCACAUGUUCUCCCGCAAGGCCCGCAUGAAAGAGCACGUGCUGUGCGUUCACGAGGGCCUGCGCAAGUUUAAAUGCGACUUAUGCGCCAAGUUGUUCUCUCGCAAGGAUGAUCUCGCCACUCACCAGGAGCACAGGCAUGGCCUUGUCAGCAAGCCUCUAGGCGGUCUAAACCCGGCAUGGAGCAGCUUGACACUCAUGACGAUGGGCUCUGGCAGUUUGUCACCUCCCGGGGCUUUCGUUCAAGAUGCAUUCUUAAAGGACUCUGUGAUAACUCAUCAGUCAGUGCCAGAUAUGUCACCUGGCUCCUACAGUGCGGCUGCUCAUGUGGAGACAAAAAAGCUUAAGCAUGAUGUUGUAGGUGACAAACGUACCACACAUGAUCCAUUCCACCAAACUCACACUAAUGACGGCCAUCUACACGGUAAAACAUUGUAUGUUAGGCCGUCAGGUAUGAAUGAAAAUUGUGAGAAUAGUAAUCCUGUUGCUCUUCCAGAUAAAAUUUUCCAUAACGAUGGUCUAAGAGAAGCCCUCCACUCUCAAGAGCAAUGCAAUAAUGCUUGCACUGUAAGCAACCAAAGCAUGGAUAUGAAACAUUCAUGUACAUCUAACGUUUCUGCAAGCUCUAAUCGAAACAAUGUUUACCUUAAAAGUGAGCACUCAUUACAGGAGUCGGAGGAAAAUUGCGAUACCCUUAAAAACCGCAUAGAGGAGUUUCUCUGCUUCCUCAUUGAAAAACCAAUACUCAAGAGGCUUGGGUGGCCCAGUGCACAUUUAAGUGACUUGUUGGAGGCUGUGAUCCGUCACUGUGGCUGCAGCCCAUCCGAGUCUGAGUUUGACUCUCUUGCCGAUAAGCUCAGAGAAAACUGCAAGGUACUGUUUACAAAAGUACUUGAAGAUGAUGUUGCUGGGAAGCUUCUUGAUGACAAUGAGUCUGUAGAUGUUGUACUUGAUAAGGUUCUAGAGCUAGCCAGGCUGAGCUAAUGUGUAUGUCUGACAAUGCUUUGUAAUGUGGUUGAUAUCUUUUCUGACACCCCCAAAAAACAUGGAAGACUAGGAUAGUUCCAACAAAUGGUGAAAUUAAGGAGCCCUUUGAUUAUGGUUGCUUUUCUUUCAUUAAACAAUUAGGAACCUUACAGGGGAGAGUGUUUGCCACAAACGAGCAUAAAUAAUCACUAGGAGGCAAGUUUCCUUCUUUUCAGUGUUAAUUUUGAUGUCACUUUCUCAUUGUGCAUAGUAUGCAACAGGCAAGACCGCUGUGGCCGUGUUGAUAGUUCGAAUUGCAGUUAAUCUGUUAUCAAUACUAUGUUGCUAAUAGAGGAGUUGUAUGAAUGUCAAGGAUAUGAUUAUUGAAUGUAAUUGGUGUGGAAGAUAUGUACAAAGCUUGAUGGGAAUAUGUCAGAAGAGCAUUGAAAAAGAUAGUCAAUUCAGGGUUUAUUUGUUUGUUGCAGUUCAGUUUUCUGAACCUGGUUUUUGGCGUGGAAAUCGUUUUUGGUGUUGACCUUUGUUUAAUGAUGUUCUACGUGUUUGUGGUAGACAUACAGGCGUGCACUUCCAUAUUUAGUGAAUGGAGCUUUAAGCAACAACAGUAUUGUGGGGUUUCAGUUUAGUAGCAUUCCCUUCACAUUCCUUGUCUACUUCUAAUUGUGUGAAAGAUUGAGUACCUUUAGACCUGAUAUCGGGUCACUGAAGUGCACAGAUCCUUUUUGAAGAUCACUGCUUAUAGCAUGCCUAUAGCAUUUCAAUGCUGCGGCUCAAUUAAUGUAGUACUUAUAAUUAUUUGAAUCCAGAUACGGGCACCUGUAACUUACUUUGAUAUGUAGAUCAUGUAUAAGCUGGGGCUCUGGCAGUGUAUUUGGCAGUGCGGUGGGCAAGAGCUGGGAUUCGUUCUGCCUACACGAACUUUUUUGUCACUGUGAAACAAGGGCCUAAUUUACUAUAGUAGAGGGGUAGCCAACCCUUAGGACUUUGGGGGCGGUAAAACCUGCACUAACCUU